CUCGUAGGACGUGGCUCGAAGUGAGCUGGAGUCCGCCCCAGAUCAACCUCGACACGGUCCGAGCCAUUUUGGUUCAAGCAAGCCUGGCUCACAUCAGCGUGCUUGCACUUGCUCCCCGCUGCCACGCCAGAGCGCCAGACAAUGGAGGCUAGUUUGGAAGCGUACUUGGCCGCAUUUCUCACUGACGAUCACAAGGGAAUGCUAUCUUUCAUGGCCGACGAGGUGAGCUUCAGCGACCCUCUGAGCGGCAACAUCGAUUCGAAGGCCAAUCUAACCAAGCACCUCGCUCAGGCUGGCGGGGUUAUUGGAGAGAUCACGCAGAGAGUGGAGGACCUUGCAGUACAAGGCAACGUCGCCUUUCUCCGCUGGCUACACGAAGGAACCAAUCAAGUCACAGGGAGGAGAUACUCGUUUUCUGGAGUAACGUUUUUGCGGUUUAAAGGUUCCUUUGUGAUCGAGCACAGGGACUUUUUCGAUCCCAAGACUCUGGUGUCGCAGUUUGUUGAAGCCAAGAAGCACAGGAGCCGUGCCAAUCUCUGAGUCUCCGCAGAGGGGCCGCUGCGUGACCACACAGGAGGUCGAGCACCAGCCGCAAACAUCGAUCUCCAUGGUCCGUGUCCACUCCCAUCGGCUGCUCCCUGCUGCUCGUGGUGCAGCCGCUGCCACUUCGGCGGUAGUGGUGCUGCUGCUGGGCUCUCGUCUUCCCUCUCCUCUUGCCUCGUCUACCUCGUCACGUUUCGGCCGCAUAUGCCAGGACUGGGAUGCGGAGGGUGAUGAUAGGCAUGGGUUAACUGCUCCCCAUCCCGACUGGGUCAUGUGAUCUCAGCCCCCCCCCAUCCCAACCCCUCGAGUUGGGGAUGGUCCACUCAAAACCCG